AAGAAAGAGUCGCGUUGGUUGCUGCGCACCGUAAAAAGACGACGAAGAAGUGAGAGCGGUGUGCGGUUAAGCGGCCAUUGCAAGUAUCGCGUUCUAAACCGCGUAAGCUUACAAGUGUACCGUUUUACGGAUAACAAUUUAUAUCCACAAUAAUCAAGGGCCAUCUUAUUCAUAAGGUGCUCCGUGUGAAGCCCGGGACGCGCAAAAAAACCCGGCCCGAUGGCUGAAACAGAUAAAUUAAACAUUGACAACAUCAUCGCUCGACUUUUAGAAGUACGAGGUUCAAGACCAGGAAAAAAUGUCCAGUUAACAGAAGGAGAAAUUCGAGGACUUUGUCUCAAGUCUCGUGAAAUUUUUUUAUCACAACCAAUUCUGCUUGAAUUGGAGGCUCCAUUAAAAAUAUGCGGUGAUAUUCACGGGCAGUAUUAUGAUCUUUUACGGCUGUUUGAAUAUGGUGGAUUUCCACCAGAGAGCAACUACCUCUUCUUAGGUGAUUACGUAGACAGAGGGAAGCAAUCAUUGGAAACGAUAUGUCUUCUUCUGGCAUACAAGAUUAAAUAUCCUGAGAAUUUUUUCUUGCUUCGAGGUAAUCACGAAUGUGCGUCCAUUAAUAGGAUAUAUGGAUUUUAUGAUGAAUGUAAACGUCGCUAUAAUAUUAAACUGUGGAAAACAUUUACCGACUGUUUUAAUUGUCUACCGGUUGCUGCAAUUGUUGAUGAAAAAAUAUUCUGCUGUCACGGUGGACUCAGUCCUGAUUUACAAAGCAUGGAACAGAUAAGACGUAUAAUGCGGCCGACUGAUGUACCCGAUCAAGGGUUACUAUGUGAUCUUCUGUGGUCUGAUCCGGACAAGGACACAAUGGGUUGGGGAGAAAAUGAUCGUGGAGUUUCGUUCACAUUCGGCGCCGAGGUCGUUGCCAAAUUUUUACUUAAGCAUGACUUUGACCUCAUAUGCCGCGCACAUCAGGUUGUCGAAGAUGGUUAUGAAUUUUUUGCAAAACGGCAAUUAGUAACAUUAUUCUCAGCACCAAAUUAUUGUGGCGAGUUUGAUAAUGCCGGUGCCAUGAUGUCUGUUGACGAUACACUCAUGUGUAGUUUUCAAAUAUUGAAACCAGCUGACAAAAGAAAGUUCACGUACAGCGGUCUCAACUCUGGCAGGCCAGUUACGCCGCCAAGGGGUCCGAAUAAUAAAAACAAAAAAAAGUGAAUGAUUUUAAGAAGUAACAAUUCGACGCGGAGCUUUUAGAAUUUCAAGAUCUCUCUAUACCCUCAAAAAAAUACUACUCACUUCCCAUCCAUUCCCGUCCCACCAUUCAUUAAAA